AUGAGUGAAGAAAAAUCAACAGCAAAUGCAUCGACAGUUCCAAAAGAAGCACAAGGUCGUCGACGUAUCAAUAUCCAACAGAUGCAAAAUGUUCUUCUAAUCUGGUUAGACAGUAACAUUGAUGAGAACAACGACGAUUGCCAAAAUACAAUUUCGAAACUGCGAUGUGUUGUAAAUGAUAUCAGCACAUUUACAGAUGCUGAUCGAUGCUUUGAGUUUAUAGAAACAAUCGUCGACAAAAAGGUUUGUAUCAUCAUAUCUGGAUCACUUGGACUUCAUACAGUGCCUUGUAUGCAUAAUAUGUUUCAAGUUGAUUCAAUAUUUAUCUUUUGUAGCAAUAAAAAACACUAUGAGCAAUGGACUAAAGAUUGGCCCAAAAUAAAGGGUGUCUUCACAGAUAUUACACCCAUCUGUGAAGCACUCAAGGAAGCUGCUCAUCAAUGUGAGCAAAAUGCCAUUCCCAUGAGUUUCGUAGGAACAAAUAAAAAGUUGGAUCAGUUAGAUCCUUCUUUUAUGUAUACUCAAAUCAUCAAAGAAAUAUUACUCACCAUCAUAUUCAAUCAAAAUCACAUCCAAGAUUAUCUUAAUUACUGCGCCGAUGCUUUUAUAGGUAAUACAAAAGAAAUCGCAAAUAUUAAACGAUUGGAACGUGAAUAUCAUAAUAAAACACCAAUUUAUUGGUAUACCUGUCAAAUGUUCUUGUAUCCCAUGCUGAAUUCCGCAUUACGAUUGAUGGAUGGUGAUACUAUUACACGUAUGGGUUUCUUCGUUAGUGAUUUGCAUCGACAGAUUGAACAACUGCAUCGGGAACAAUAUCGCGAUACAACUGCUGCUAACAUCUUUACCGUUUAUCGUGGCCAAGGUUUUUCUAUAGGGGAUUUUGAACAAAUGAUGAAAACUAAAAGCGGUCUUAUUUCAUUCAAUAACUUCUUAUCUACUACUAAACAUCGCAAUAUAUCACUGGGUUUUGCUCAACGUGCUACCAUUAAUCCAGAUCAAGUUGGUGUACUUUUUAUCAUGAAAAUUAAUCCGGCUCUAUCAACAGCACCAUUUGCUUCCAUUGCUGGUAUUAGCAAGUUUCAAAAAGAAGAGGAAGUCUUGUUUUCGAUGCAUAGCGUUUUUCGUAUACGGGAUAUCAAACAGAUGCGUGACCAUAGUCGUUUCUAUGAAGUUAAGUUGACACUGACUGCUGACAAUGAUCCAGAACUGAACAGACUUACUGAUUACAUUCGAAAAGAGAGCUUUCCAGACAGUGAAGGGUGGUAUAGACUGGGUAUGGUACUGAUUACAAUGGGUCAAUUUGACAAAGCUGAAGGUAUUUAUCAAGUUUUACUUGAUCAAACAAACGAUGAUCAAAAUACGGCACGUAUUUAUGACACAGUUGGUUUGAUCAAAUAUAGUCAAGGUAAAUAUCCAGAGGCACUUACAUUCUGUGAAAAAUCACUUGCUAUCUAUCAAAAAACUCUUCCUUUCAAUCAUCCUGAUUUGGCUUCUUCGUACAACCACAUUGGUUUACUGCAUGACCACAUGGGCAAUCAUCUGACCGCACUUUCAUCUCAUAAAAAAGCCUUUAAAAUCAAACAACAAUCACUUCCUCCAAAUCAUCCUGAUUAUGCUAAGUCCUACAUCUUCAUUGGUAAUGUGCAUGCCAACAUGAAUAAUUAUCCGAAAGCACUUUCUUAUUAUGAAAAAGUUGUUGAAAUUCAACAUCAAUCACAUUCUUUUAAUCAUCCUGAUUUAGCCCUUUCCUACAACAACAUUGGUUUAGUGCAUGGCGACAUGGGUAAUUAUACGCAAGCACUUUCAUCUCAUGAAAAAGCUCUUGAAAUCAAACAACAAUCACUUCCUCCCAAUCAUCCUGAUUUGGCUAUGUCCUACAACAACAUUGGUAGUGUUCAAGAAAAGAUGGGUAAUAACCCAGAAGCACUGUCUUAUUAUGAGAAAGCUCUCAAAAUUCGACAACAAUCACUUCCUCUCAAUCAUCCGGAUAUGGUCUAUUCCUACAGUAACAUGGGGGAAGCGCAUGAAAAGAUGGGUAAUUAUACCGAAGCACUUUCAUUUCACGAAAAAGCGCUUGAAAUCAAACAACAAUCACUUCCUCCCAAUCAUCCUGAUUUGGCUGCUUCCUACAACAGCAUCGGCAGCGUGCAUGACAGUAUGGGUAGCAAUUCAGAAGCACUUUGCUAUUAUGAAAAAGCUCUUGAAAUCAAACAACAAUCACUUCCUCCCAGUCAUUCUGAUUUGGCUAUGUCUUACGACAACAUCGGUAAUGUGCAUUCCAACAUGCAUAACUAUCUGAAAGCAUUUUCAUCUUAUGAAAAAGCGCUUGAAAUCAGACUACCAUCACUUCUCCCAAAUUAUCCUGGUUUGGCUGCUUCCUACAACAGCAUUGGUUUGGUGCAUAGAAACAUCGCUAAUUAUCCAAAAGCACUUUCAUCUCAUGAAAAAGCCCUCGAAACUCGGCAACAACCACUUCCUUUCAAUCAUCCUGAUUUGGCUAUGUCUUACAACAACAUCGGUAAUGUGCAUUCCAACAUGCAUAAUUAUCUAAAAGCACUUUUUUACUAUGGAAAAGCCCUUGAAAUCAGCCAACAAUCACUUCGUUCCAAUCAUCCUGAUUUAGCUGCUUCCUACAACAACAUUGGUAGUGUGCAUGAAAAGAUGGGUAAUAAUCCUGAAGCACUCUCUUAUUAUGAAAAAGCUCUUAAAAUUCGACAACAGUUACUUCCUUCCAAUUAUCUAGAUUUGGCUGCUUCGUACAACAACAUUGGUAAUAUACAUUACAGCAUAGGUGAUUAUACGAAAGCACUCUCAUCUCAUGAGAAAGCCCUUGAAACUCGACAACAAUCACUUCCUCCAAAUCAUCCUGAUUUGGCUAAAUCCUACAACAAUAUUGGUAAUGUGCAUAGCAGUAUGGGUAAUUAUGCAAAAGCACUUUCAUCUCAUGAGAAAGCCCUUGAAAUCAAACAACGAUCGCUUCCUCCAAAUCAUCCUGAUUUGGCUGCUUCCUACAACAACAUUGGUAAUCUGCAUAAUAGCAUGGGUAGCUAUACAAAAGCACUUUUAUCUCAUGAAAAUGCUCUUGAGAUUCGGGAACAAUCCCUUCCCUCCGGUCAUCCUGAUUUGGCUACAUCGUACAACAACAUUGGUAAUGUACAUUACAACAUGGGUAAUUAUCCGAAAGCACUGUCAUCUCAUGAAAAAGCCCUUGGAACUCGACAGCAAUCACUUCCUCCAAAUCAUCCUGAUUUGGCUAAAUCCUACAACAA